AUGGUUUUAUCAGUAAAAUUACCUUGUUAUAUCUGUUUUUCUUUUCUAACGUGCUUCACUAUCUCGGCUCAAAGUUACAACAGCGUAACCUUGGGCUCGUCUCUCAUUGCUGGGGAUAUCUCUUUGCCUUGGGUAUCUCCCUCCAAAGUCUUUGCUUUCGGGUUUCAGAAGAUAGAGUCUGGAAGUUUUCUGUUAGCCAUAUGGUUCAAUAGAAUACCCGAAAGGACCAUAACUUGGUCUGCCAACAGAGAUAUUCCAGUACCUAGGGGUUCGAAAGUAGAACUUACUGCAAGAAGCUUGAUACUUACUGACCCAAGUGGGCGCGAGGUAUGGAGAGCUAGGCUGUUGACUGGCAGCAGCAGCAGCAGAGGAGUGACAGUUGCCUCUGCAGCUAUGCUCGACACUGGAAACUUCGUGCUGAUGGAUCGAGCUUCUGCUGUACUUUGGCAAAGCUUUGAUGAGCCAACUGACACUCUUUUGCCUACACAGACGCUGAAUCAAGGCAAACAACUCAUUGCAAGUUUUUCUAGAAAGAAUUACUCGAGUGGCAGGUUCUCAUUCAACUUGGGAUAUAACGGAAAUCUUGCAUUAUACACCACAGAUUUCCCCCUUUUCAACACACUGAACACCAACUAUGAGACAUUCGCUGAUCAGGGAUUCGGAAGCCUGGUGGUGUUCGACCAGUCUGGUUCACUGUACCUUGCUGACAGCAAUGGCGGAGUUCUUGUUAAUAUCUUUCCGAAUGAGAUAUCACAUGAAAAAGCUCUCUAUCAGAGGGUGAUUCUUGAAUACGACGGUGUAUUAAGACAUUACGUGUACUCAAAGAGUGCAUCUCGUUAUGGUGGCUGGUCAAUCAAGUCCUUUACUCCAGACAACAUCUGUACUGCUGUCAUACAGCAAACAGGUAGCGGCGUAUGUGGUUUCAACAGCUACUGCAAGUUAGGAGAUGACAGUAGACCACACUGCAUAUGCCCUCCAGGUUACGCGCCCUUGGAUCCAAACAAUGAGAUGAGCGGAUGCUACCAGAACUUUGCUCCACAGAGUUGUAAAGAAGGAUCACAAGACAAAAAUCAGUACGAUUUCAAGGUGCUGCAGGACGUAGACUGGCCGCUUUCGGACUACGAGCAUUAUCAGAAUGUUCCUGUAGAAUGGUGCAGGGAAGUUUGUCUAACAGAUUGCUUCUGUGCAGUUGCCAUUUACAGAAAUGGAGGGGACUGUUGGAAAAAGAAGGUUCCACUCUCAAAUGGGAAAAACGACACCUCUGUUGACAGGAUUGCUUUCAUUAAGAUCAGGAUUUAG